AUGCAUCCUAUUCUGAACGUUGUCGUCGUCAGUUUUCAUCACAAACGGGGGUGUGAGGUUGAAUAUUCGCACCCAAAACUAGAUGGUUCCGGUGAAGCAGGACUCCCAGACGAAUGGCACCUUCUCCCGUCGCUAGCAUUACCAGAUGGAGUCCAUAAUUGCCAAAAAGACACAAUAUUCUUCCUGCUGCCCUCAAAAGAGGAACCCAGAAAGUGUGUAUUCGGAAUUUCGUGUUAUCGACAAAUCGAUUCAAAGGAAUUGCUGAACAAAUCCGACGAUGUGACGAGAGCAAGUGUCCAAAAAGCAGUCUGUGUUCUCUCAAGAAUACCACUUUUCGGUCCAUUAAAAGCCAAGCUGGAAGUGAUAACUCAAGCGUAUUUCGAGCAGAAAGACUUUUCAAAAGUGGAUGUUCUAGCUCAGAUGUACACGAAUCUCUGUGAUAUAUUUGAUGAGAAUCUGACUGGAGAAUACUUUUCUAAUUUGGCUCAUCAUGAAAUAUCGAUUCAAGAGCUGUUCGUAAGAUUCCGCCAUCGAGCUCUCCUCCUUUUCAAACUGUUUCUUCUGGAAAGAAAAGUGUUGUUCAUCGCGCCAACUGGCCUUCGACUAGGAGAAACUAUGUUGGCAAUUGUUUCGAUGUUUCCAAAACUACUAGAAGAAGGGCUCUACUAUGCGACAAUCGGUGUGAACACGAAUGACAAAACCAAAGCUGUGAAUCAAGAAAAAAAGAGUUCGGAUAUAGUGAUAGAGGAAGAUGUCGGGGUACAACUAACACGAUAUGAUCCAUUGAAGGAGAAGGAUUCGUGUGGAUUCCCAUUAAGCCUUUUCACCCAAGGAUGCUCUUUUGAUCCGUAUCUUUCUAUUCAGUCGAUGGAUUAUAUCUCGAAGACUCAGAGUUACGACGGUUCCCUAGUCCACAAUCACAUUGAAUUCGUCAAUGACUCUGCGUUAGAAAGAGUCCUCGCUUUGACUUCUGCCGACCUCCGUUUUGCUGACUUCGUUCUGAAAAAAGUGGAAGAACAGAUGAAAACGUCAACUUCAGAAUUCGACGGAAGUGAUGAAUGGAUUCGGCUGCAAAUGAAGAACUACCUUCUUGGACUCGUCGCCACUUCACGAUCGGACCUACAAGCCGCAGUUCCUCAUUUUGGAGUUGCCUUUGUGAAUGAGUGGAGACGAACGAAGAAUCACAAGAUUUGGGUGGCAAAUAAGCAUGAGGACUUGGCAUCUGUGCCUCCAGGGCACAUGUUCUCGGAACAAAUGGGCGUUUAUGAUGUAUAUUUACGAUUCGAGCAUGCUGUGAAUGGUGUUGAAGGAGCGUCCAAAGUGAUUGGAACUGUAAACACUGCUGGAAAGAAUUUAGGAACAAGCAUUGGAGAGACUGGCAGUCGAGUGAAGGCGAAAUUCACAAACUGGUGGAAUCGCAAAAAUCCAGCAGCCCAGGAGGGAAUCGAGCAGGCUGAAGAGCCGCAAUCGGAAUAA